UUCGUUAACUUCGGUGACGAGAAUUCAGAUAGUAUCUGAUUCGAGUCACGUGAGAUCCCGUUCGCGCGCAAAACCGUCAUUACGUUCGUUCGCUGAAAUCGUUCAUACACGUGUGGAUUUAUUUCUUGGAUUAUAUUCCCCGAAUUUGUUGGAUAUCAUGGCUGAUUUGCCUGACAAGAAGAUGAAUUCUUCGUCUAGUGAGCUGUGCGAGCCUCAGGCAAGCCCAGCAAAACCUGCUAAGAAAAAACAAGUGAAAAAGAGCUCAGAACUUAGCAAGCAGAAAUCUACCCCGACCGCAAAGAAGUCGGCGGCAAAUUCACCUAGCGGACAGCCACAGGCUGAUCCCCCCGCGGCCAACGGGCGGGCCAAGCCCGACCCGCCCGCUAAACGUCCGACAGCCGGUACGGCGAAAUCACCGGAGUUGGCUCAACCCGGUUUGGAUUCAAGACUUAGCAGACUUGAAUCAAUGUUCGAGAGGGUCAUGGAGUCUAUGGAACGACCACAGAGGCGAACCCACUCUCGAUCUCGAUCUGACGAAGACCAAGAGGACAAUAUCAGCAUUUUCAGUGAAUCUGAAGCUGACCAGCGAGAAUGUGUUGAACCACGUCGCAACUUCAGACCGCGUGGCCAAUCGGCUCCGGUCAUUGAUUUGGCUGACAAUAGCAGCGUUGCUAACUUUUUAUCAAGCAAUGAUGACGCUGACAGCGUUUUCUCUAUGGACAUGGCUGAUCACGUAGACAGUCAGGGUAGAACCAAGGAUAAGUCAGAGUUCAAAAUACCAAUGUUGGCCCAAAAGUUUGCCGCCCCUUCAGACAUUGGACAGCCCCUCGAUGAGGAUUUGGCGGACACGAUCACAUUCAUGAUGGGCCAAAAACUUGACAAAAAACAGUUGGAUGAUGCAUCAGCCCGUUACCUUUGUCCUGGAAAUUGUUCUACCUUGGUUGCCCCUAAGGUUAACCCCACCAUCUGGGAUAACAUGAAGACAAGCACUCGUCGGCGGGAUUUGAGACUACAAAUGGUCCAAUCCUCACUUGUGAAAGGGAUAACUGCCUUUGCGCAAUCUCUUCCCUCCGGAUCAAUUCCCUCAGAACAACAACAAGAUGCUUUAGCUUUUCUGUGUGAUGCUAACUUUGCCCUCAAUUGUCUGAGAAAGGACUGCAUCAAGCCCGAUAUGAACCCUGCCUUUCACCAUCUUUGUAAACCUCAACACAAAGUAACAAAGUUACUCUUCGGUGAAGAUUUGGGUCGCCAAGUCAAAGAGAUAACCGAAGAAAGAAAGACAAUGUCUGGAAUCAUGAGACAAAAGCUUGGGAAAGACCAACGCUACAAUCCCUACAACAAAAAGCAAGAAUCCAUGUCACAUGGCGGUUUUCCUGCUAGCUCGACUCAUCAAUCGAGACGAGAUGACCACUCCUACAAGCCAAAUAGGAAAUCAGCCUCCUCUACUGGUCAGCCUUUUUUAGGGAAAACAGGGCCUCCCCAUCAGAAGGGGAAAUACAAAGACCCCCCUCCACACACCUACACCCCCUCAGCUGCGGCAGGGAGGGACACAAGCAGACACCAGCACCAGUACUGGCCGAGCCAGAGGAAGUAACCAACUCACCACCUCAUUCAGACAAGAGUUGGAGCAACUAUUUCAUAACUCAAGGAAUUUCAAAAGACACUGCCAACAUUAUGUCGGCUGGAUGGAGAGCAUC